CGGUUCCGGAACGUCCAAAUGUCAUUCCCGUAAACAAUUUUAAGAGAAAACAGUUUCACAGCAUCAACAGCAAUCGUUUCGAUAGUGCGAAAAACAUAAAAUUAAUCUAUAUUAUCGUGUAUAUUGGCAUCUGGAGCGAUGUUUAUUAGUUGUGCAUUCGACAGGUGUCCUAACCAGCGUAAGCCACUUGAUAUUAUCACUUACUUCAGUUUCCCUAAAAACUCAGAGCUGCUGCAGCGAUGGCUCGCUUUCUUCAACAAACACAACAAAAACAACCUGACCUCGAGAACACUAGACCGGAUUAAAAUGAAAAUAUGCCAUCUUCACUUUGAGACGAAGCAAAUCAUUGUAAAAUCAAACCAAGAUCGCGCCCUGAUCCGUGAUGCCGUGCCUUGCUGCCCGCCCGGAGUAGUUGAGGAAAAGCAUUUUAGCGGAUAUUUGAAAAAUAACAGACUUUUUAUCAAAUCUAAUCACAAAAAUAUUAUUUUACAAUGGUUGCCGCGGGACUCGUUUGAUGGUAAACCUCCCCUCUAUCAUUCCAUAAACGGGUACUUGGUUGAUCUGCGACUAGCAGCAUUGGAAGACUCUUUUCGACUGCCCACGGGCAAGGUGAUUCAAGUUCGCAGACAAUUGAAAACGUCGGCGCCAUCCAAAAACAGUUCGAAGAUGCCAGUACAAAACGAAACUCAAGCUAAAACCAUUCCAUCUAAAUCUACAAAUGCAAACCAAAAGGCCAACCAGGCUUCGGAGGUAUCAGCUUCUCCUGUGGACAUGGUAUAUUCGAUUGCCCAGUGUCCACUGGUUUCCAAAACCUAUUCAAAUAAGCGAGUAUCUAGUGGUUCGGCAUCACGGGACAAGGAAGUCUGUACACCUAUUGCUACACCCGCUAGACUAGCUUCAACGCAGAUGAUAACACUGCAAGAGCAAGAAAAUGGAGAAGCGACAACCAUAGAACUACCAACAACCAUUGAAAAAACGACCUACUUCCCGAAACAACACGGCAGGCGACAAUCCGCACGGUUUGCAUCCGUCAGCAACUCCAUGUGUUCAAUACCUGUAACAGAAGAUUCACAAUCACAUCGUUCCCAAAAAAUCGUUCAGCAAGCGAACUUGACACCGCCAACUCUAGCAGCGCUUCACAGCUUAAUGUACAAAAGUUAUAAAAAGGAUGAUUUUGGCACGUUCCAAAACCAAUUUGACAACCAACUAAUCUCAGCAGCUGAAAUUUCGCUUCAUGUGGUCUCUAAAAUAAACUCUCUGCUUAAUUCUAAUCCUUAUAAAGAAGCUGCCAAUGCAGCCGAUCUCAAGGAACUGUACGUUAGCGUGUCGUACAUUCUAAAAUACGCUAUCGAGCGGUUCAAGGGCUUAGAAGAACAGGCGAUAGAUAACAUUCGAUGCAUGGGGUUUACUGAGUCAUCAGACAUGGGUCCCGUUCUAGGGGAAAUGGCAUCUGCGGAAGCUGCAUCGCUGGAAAAGCAAAAUAAUCCAGAUGUUGCGGAAGAUGAUGAUUGCGCGAUUAUUGAACAACGAACCGAUUUGAUUGAAAUAGACUCGGACGAUAAUUCGGAUGAGGAGGUUGAACUUGCACCGGCACGUAUCUGUUCGGAUACUGAAAGUAUGAUUGAUGUGAACGAAGACGAAACGGGUACAGAACAUCCGACGGUAUUCAGUAACCAAAUAGACUUUGCAGCUGAAUCGCACCUACUCAAUGUUCAUGAAAACGCUUCAUUACCAAUGGAUGAAUCUGGACAGGUGCAGUUUAUCAUGACUCACGAGACUACAGAAACAACGGAAAUAACAUACUACGAGCAGCACGAAGAUGACAUGGAUGAUGUGGCAAUGGAGAUAAAAAAUGAACCAUUGCAUUUUGAAGAAGACUUGUCAGAUGAGACCACAGUAGACAUGGAAGACGAAGGACAAGAAUUGGUUGAUAUCAUCGACGCCGAAGCGGAUAUCGAUCCAGAUGAUGGUCAAGAGUACAAGGUCGUGGAUUUAAUUGAUGGAGAUUACUAUUUGGUAUCAGAAGACGAUUAACCCUGUAACACCGAAAUGCUUCUUCUGUAAUAGUAGGCCCCUGAAUAUGGAUUGGCAUGUUGCAUGUGAAGAAAUACGUAACAUAAAAACUGUACAAAAUAAGAUAAAUGUGUUAGUUUUUAGGCUGUUUUGUAGUCUACAUUACAAAAAAUAAAUUAUAAUUUA